AUGUCAAAAGAUAACCUUACUGCGGUAUUGCACAAGACGAAAGAUUUGCGUUUGGAGCAAACACCGAUUCCAGAAAUCGCUGAUGAUGAAGCGCUCAUCCAGAUGGACUGUGUGGGAAUCUGCGGCUCGGAUGUGCACUACUGGCAGAGCGGCGCGUGCGGUAGUUUCGACAUGAAAGAACCCAUGAUAAUGGGCCACGAAGCGUCGGGGGUUGUCGCCAAGAUUGGAGCGAAAGUGAAGAACCUGGAGGUGGGUGAUCGCGUUGCUAUCGAGCCAGGCGUGCCCUGCCGUUACUGCGAGUUCUGUAAGACAGGCCGCUACCACCUCUGCCCCGACAUGAAGUUCUGUGCGACUCCCCCUAUUCAUGGCAACUUAGCUAGAUACUACAAGCAUGCUGCCGAUUUCUGCUACAAGCUACCGCCCCACGUGACGAUGGAGGAGGGUGCGCUGCUGGAGCCGCUGUCGGUGGGCAUCCACGCGUGCCGGCGCGGCGGCGUGAGCGCCGGCCACAGCGUGCUCAUCCUGGGCGCCGGGCCCAUCGGACUCGUCACCAUGCUCGUCGCGCGGGCCAUGGGCGCCUGCAAAAUCAUCAUUACUGAUAUCCACCAACCUCGGCUGGACUUUGCAAAGCAGUUUGGUGUCGACCACGCGAUCCUUGUAAAACGCGAUGCCAACGAAGCUGACAUGGCAGUGAAGAUCCACGAGCUGCUAGGAAACUAUCCCGACGUCUCCAUUGAUGCGAGUGGUGCCCAAGCCACCGUUAGAUUGGCCUUGCUGGUGACGAAGUCCGGCGGCGUGGUGGUGCUGGUGGGCAUGGGCAGCCCCGAGCUCACCGUGCCGCUAGCCGGCACCGUCUCGCGCGAGGUCGACAUCCGCGGCAUCUUCCGCUACGUCAACAUAUAUCCCAUAGCACUUUCAAUGAUAUCAAGUGGACAGAUCAACGUUAAACCUCUAGUGUCGCAUCACUUUUCCCUGGAAGAAACGCUUGAGGCUUACGAGAUCGCUCGCCAAGGUCUUGGGAUAAAAGUAAUGAUACAUGUGCAGCCCAGAGACACGAACAACCCCAAAAAAUUUUAA